UAUAUUUAAUCUAAUUUUAAAUAAUUGAAAAUGCUGUCUUUUAACACUCAAAAUAAUUUUUGGAAUCAAUAUUAUCACAUAUUGAAAUGUUAUUAUCUUCUCAUCUUUCAGGCUGAAGGUGGCCCAUUCUGAGAUUAAUUUAAUAAUCAUUUGCUUAGAAAACUUCCCGCGUUGUUCAUGGAGUUUUUCAUCAGUAUGUCUGAAACCAUUAAAUAUAAUGACGACGAUCACAAAACUGUGUUCCUGAAAACAUUGAAUGAACAACGUUUGGAAGGAGAGUUUUGUGACAUCGCUAUUGUGGUUGAAGAUGUUAAGUUCAGAGCCCAUAGGUGCGUGCUUGCUGCCUGCAGUACCUACUUCAAAAAGCUUUUCAAAAAACUUGAAGUUGAUAGUUCAUCAGUAAUAGAAAUAGAUUUUCUUCGUUCUGAUAUUUUUGAGGAAGUUCUCAAUUACAUGUAUACUGCAAAGAUUUCUGUUAAAAAAGAGGAUGUAAACUUGAUGAUGUCUUCAGGCCAGAUCCUUGGUAUUCGGUUUCUUGAUAAACUCUGCUCUCAAAAACGUGAUGUAUCUAGUCCUGAAGAAAACACACAGUCCAAGAGCAAGUACUGUCUAAAAAUGAACCGUUCUAUUGGGGAACCUAAUGAUACCCAAGAUGAUGAGGUGGAAGAGAUUGGAGAUCAUGAUGACAGUCCAUCAGAUGUGACAGUAGAAGGCACUCCCCCAAGUCAGGAAGAUGGUAAAUCACCAACCACUACUCUGAGAGUGCAAGAGGCAAUUCUAAAAGAGUUGGGAAGUGAAGAGGUUAGAAAAGUAAACUGCUAUGGCCAAGAAGUAGAACCUAUGGAAACAACGGAAUCUAAAGACUUAGGAUCUCAGACCCCUCAGGCACUCACAUUUAAUGAUGGCAUAAGUGAAGUGAAAGAUGAGCAGACACCAGGAUGGACCACAGCAGCCGGGGAUAUGAAGUUUGAGUACUUGCUUUACGGUCACAGGGAACACAUUGUAUGUCAGGCUUGUGGCAAGACCUUUUCCGAUGAAGCGCGUUUGAGAAAACAUGAAAAACUACACACUGCAGACAGACCAUUUGUUUGUGAAAUGUGUACAAAGGGCUUCACCACGCAGGCUCAUUUGAAAGAACACUUGAAAAUACACACGGGUUACAAGCCUUACAGUUGUGAAGUGUGUGGGAAGUCUUUUAUUCGUGCACCAGAUCUAAAAAAGCAUGAAAGAGUUCACAGUAAUGAGAGGCCAUUUGCAUGCCAUAUGUGUGAUAAAGCUUUCAAGCACAAGUCCCACCUCAAAGACCACGAAAGAAGGCACCGAGGAGAGAAACCUUUUGUCUGCAGUUCCUGCACUAAAGCAUUUGCUAAGGCAUCUGACCUAAAAAGGCACGAGAACAAUAUGCACAGUGAAAGAAAGCAAGUUACAGCAGCCAAUUCCAUCCAGAGUGAAACAGAACAGUUGCAGGCGGCAGCCAUGGCUGCUGAAGCAGAGCAACAAUUAGAAACUAUAGCCUGUAGUUAAAAACUAAAGUAGGAACUUUAUCAGAAAUAAUAUAAGAAAUUAAAUGGAGCAAAAUCUGUUGUUGAUAUACAUUUAGACUGAGAAUCUUUUCAAGAAAGCAUAUUUUUAGAGGAUUUGAAUGUUACAUAGGAAUACAUAGCUUCGCUUGGUUAGGUAUGUUAAAACAUUUCAGAGAUGGGUGUUCUCAGAAUGUGAAACAGUUUUGUUGUCACUAGCAGUAUAAUGCACUAAUAACUGCUUUAAUUUGAGAAUGUGAUCAAGUUCUCUGUAGCAGGGAUCAUCACUGGCCGAUACUUUCCUUUAUCCAGUAUUCCAUACUGGAUACGAUGUAAACAUUGCAAUCAGUGAGAAUCAGUGACUUAUGCUUGAAAACGCUGAGAUCUCAAAAAUCACAAACAUGGAAAAAAAUUAUUUGGUUUUCAUAAUUCUUAGGCGUUGUACCUACAAUUUUUAUGAGAAGCAUACACUGAAUCCCUAAGCUUUUUAAUUCUGCCUUUUUUCACCUAAUGUAGGAUGGUACAAGAGAGUGUAAAGGAGGAUGGUAAUCAAAAUGAAAUUGCUUCUUAUUCCAUUCCCUCAGAUAUCCUCCUAUUUUUAUAAAGGUGGCAAGUUUUAAUGAAUUACUUGCAUUAUUGAAAAAACUGCAUUAUUCACAGGGAUUCUGGCUGGCAAAGUAGAAAUGUCAUGGCAUUCACCAGUCCCUUUUGUGGGCAAAAAUGUCUGCCUCAUUUGUUUUUAUAUUCACUUUUAUACAGGGCCCCAGAGGUGGGACUGGGCCACAAAGGAAAAAGGGUGGAGCAUGGAGGAGACAUGCUCCUUACUCAAACCCAGUAAAAAUCAGUAAAAGCUAAUACAGCCUGAGAUGGUUUUUUUAUUAUGCAACUUCAGGUCACCUAACCUAGCACAGUGAAGGCAGAGGAGUAUCUGCAGGAGCAGGUGACCAGGUGUCACUGCCAGACUCCUGAAGCUGCAGCCAAGGGUGUCACAUACCUGCCCGCAGGCUCAGCUGGGGUUUGUGUCGUGGCGGAUCAUACAGCUCAUAGGUCCUGUUCAAGUUUAAAAGCUUCCACCUUUUGACACACCACCCCUCAUCAAGAGGGGGACUUCAGUGAGUGAGUUCUGUCAGAAUUGAUCCUGGGUGAGUGUUCACUAUUCGUCAGUUGCUUAGUCUAUUUUUUUUUUAACCAGCUGGGGUACAUGCUGAUAACAAUAGUUAACUCACAGAGUCAAGAAAAUAAGUGGUCUUUGGAUUGCAGUCUGCUACUUGUGGUCAUCAAGAGAAGGCACAGUAACAGCAGCAAUGCAAUCCAAAGGUAUAUCAACCCUUUAUUUUAAAUUUGUAAAUAAUACAGCUGUUGUGAAAACUUCAUUUGAAGUUGGAAUGGGCAAAAAACACACUCGGGCACAUGGUUGGAAACAUUGGUCACUUGCGAUAACUAUAGCAUAUCAAAGUGUUAGACCAGUUUCUGAUAAGUUACUGUGUGGUAGAUCACAUCUUGCUUUUCUAAAUAGAAAUUUAAAAUAGUGUUUUUGGAACUGUUAUAUGGAACUUCAGUUACUGAGGGGUUUUUAUUUGGUCUAGGUUUUUUUUUUUUACAGCUUUGUUUUAUUCAUGUAUUCAUCAGGUUAAGCAGUUAUCUUUAAAUGCCAGUAAUUGUUCAAACGCUGGUCUGUAAAUAAAACAUGACCUUAAUAUUUUAGAAAAUGUAAACUUUGGACCUUUACCAAUAUAUUUUUUUAAAAUGUUGCUUCAUUUUACAUUCAGUAAUAUUAGUUUGUAAACAAACUAUACAUUUUGUACCUGUGCAACAUCAGAGGAUGUGUAUUCAUUGCAUUUUAUUGGUUCUCUUGAGGAACAUGAUAAAUGACCAUUGUUAAAAUGUUUUACUGUAUAUGAUCAUAGAUAUAAAGAUAGUAGGUCCAAAAUAGGAUCUACUUUUUUUUUCUAAAUAUAUUCGUCUUGCUAUGUUUUCUUAUCUGAAAUUGUGUGCACUUCUUCCUAGGUAAGUUGGGGUUAAAAAGACUGUACAAAACAGAUCUGUUAUGAUAAGAGUUCAAAAGUGUAAAAUGUGAAGAAAGUAAAUUUUCUCAAGGUCUGCUAUGAAGAAUGCAAGAAACCAUGAGCAUAAAUUACAGCAGUAAACAAUUACAUUUGAAAAAAAAAAAAGAAAAUAUUUUAAAUAUGAAUCACUAAAAGAGAAUGCCUGGGGAGGUACUGCAAUCUCCACUAGUGGUAACAUUCACAAAUGGGUUAGAGAAACAUCUAUUAGGAGUGGUUUAAAUACGAUUAGUUUUGCUUUGAAGCUGAGAGAUAAAUUCCGUAACCACUCAAGAAGAUCCUCAUUGGGAUUUUUUUUUGGAAAGUAAGAAAUAAAAAUGGAGGUCACUGGGACAGCAGACACUGGAGUGGAAAGACUGAACUCAAGUAUUAUAGUUAAAGAAAACUGCUGCUGACUUUUGAGCACAAGUGGUCAGGCUGCAAAUUUGAGAUUGUUAUAGAAAAGCAGGCUUGCAUGAGAAGACUCACAGUGGAAAGUGUGAGAGCAUGGUGUGUUACAUCAGAGUAGAUUCUGCUUUUGUUACAGCUUAUAGCUGCAAAAGUUACAGGUGUGGAGGGAUGGAGAUAUCCUUAGCUCUAUUUAUAUUCUUGUUAGUGUGUUCUAAACUAAUAUGUAUAUUCUGAAGGAAUGUUAGCCUAUAUAUUGUGGGGGUGUGUCUGUGAAGUUCAGGUAAAUUUGUCUGCAUCUUACAAGGCUACUGCUCCCAUCUCUCUCCUGUCCGUGCCAGAGGACACCAUGCACAAAAGCAGGUGUGCAUCAGCUCCAAGCCAAUGAGGUUUUCCAGCACAAUGAGCUGUAAGGUACGAGCUGUGUCCAUUGAGGAAUGGGCACAUUUUUAUUUUUGCUUAGACAAGGACAGCAACUUCUUUUACAGUUUGAGACAGUGGAUGAGAUUCUCUCCAAUUAAUGGAAAUUUUACUGUUGGUUCUAUUGGGGCCAGACUAGACUAACAUUCCUUAGAAGGUUUUUUGUUUGGAUUUUUUUUAAGGGAAAAAGGAACAAAAUGAACACAUUUUGAACCGCAAUAUCUGCCUAAUUUCUCAUCCUAAUCAUAUUAGCCAUGGGCAUGCUGCUGAUUAUUUGGCACAACUCAGUUUGGAAACUAGAAGUCUCCACUCCUUAGCCCUUCUUUUACAUACUACUCUUAUCAAUAUUUUUAAAAAUAUUGGAAAAUUAGGCAAAUCACAGUUGAGUGAGUACUUGUGGGGGUUUUUUUCUGCUUUAAUCUUUCAGAAAGAUUUAGACCUGGUGAUUAGAAUUUUAAAGCUUGUUUUGUGAAAAGAAAUUCCUAACGCUCACUUCAGUAGCAAAAGUUUGAGGUCAGCUUCUAUUUGUUCUAGUAAGCUACAGAAUGCUAAAUACUUCUCAAAAUCUUGCAAUUUAGGUAGCCAAACUGGAGUUCUUUUGAAGAUCAGGCUUCAGUUUUCUAACAUAGAGAUUUCUUUCAUGAUUCCAUUAAAUAGGGAUACUUUAAAUGAAUAGAAUUGUGUGAAAUACAGAAUAAAAUACCAGAUUAUGCCAGAAA